AUGGCUAGAGGUGGUGAUUCUAGCAACCCCCAAUUAGAUUCUUCCACCGCUCACAAUCCGCAAGCUGAUCAAGCUGCAAUGAGUGACAACAUUCAUAACCCCUUCUUCCUCCACAGUGGUGAUCAUCCGGGAUUAAUCCUGGUCACCCACGUCUUGAAUGGAAACAACUACAACACUUGGAAGCGUGCGAUGCGGAUUGCGUUGAACGCGAAGAACAAGCUGGGCUUCAUAGAUGGUUCGGUGCCACAACCCGACAGUAAAGACUCCAUGGCAGGGGCAUGGUCUCGCUGCAACUCCAUUGUGAUUUCAUGGCUUCUCAAUGCAGUCGCGAAGGACAUCGGGGAUAAUCUGCUUUAUCUUGAAAAUGCUCAAGCUAUUUGGUUCGAUUUACAGCAUAGAUUUCAACAAAGCAAUGCACCAAGAAUAUUCCAGUGA